CCACAAUGCAACGCGGACGAACCUGGGGGAUCCUCCGAGAAGACGGUGAAAAGAUAACAAAUUAGGGACAAAUUAAGACAAAGCAGUGAGCAACAGCCGGUAGUGGCUAUUGUUAAAUUGACUGAGGCGAGUCGCUGAACCAUUUACUGGGUCAAAAUGAACAUCGAAGAGGCGGCAGCUCCGAAACCUGUCACCGACGAUGAUGGUAUGACAUGGUGGUACCGAUGGCUCUGUAAAAUCGUUGGGGUUCUGGGCGGAGUAUCAUGUGCCAUCUCAGGAGUGUGGAUGUGUGUCACUGUCAACCCUUUAAACAUCGCUGCUGGAGUAUGGAUGGUGUUGAAUGCCUUUGUGCUGUUCCUGUGUGAAGUCCCAUUCUGCUGCCAGUUCAUUGAGUUUGCAAACGCAGUGGCAGCUAGAGCUGACAAAUUCAAGCCAUGGCAGAAAGCCUUCUUCUACUGCGGGAUGGCACUGUUUCCCAUAUUCCUGAGCUUCUCCAUCACCACGUUGUUUGGGAAUGCCAUUGCCUUCGCUACGGGAGUCCUCUAUGGUCUCGCCUCCCUGGGCAAAAAGGGCGAUGCGGUGAGUUAUGCCAGGCUGAGUCACCAGAAACUGGGGGAUGAGGAGAAGCUGACCGGGACGACUGACGGGUCAAUAUAGUGACAUGGCUCAUCCCUCCGGUCUCACAGAGGAGGAACACUAUCCUUAACCAAGGGACAAAGAUGUCAACCCCUCUCCCUCACCAUCCCAUCUCUUUUACCCCACCUCUCCCUCUCUGUUACUGGGUUUAUUUAUGUAUCUAAACUGCUGCAUCUUUGUCUUAUUUGAUGAAAUGUGUCCGAAUAGAUAACUAUAGAUUUUAUGUAAUUUGGUCCUUUUAUAGUGUGAAUUUAGUUUUCCAUGCCAUUUUAGUUCAUGUAAAGGUUUAGCGGUUGUUUUAAUACGUUUUGGGGGUUAUUUAUUCAUUUUUCUGUGCUGUUUUGUUGUCCUGGUUACUGGGGAAUCCAUUUUUGGCAAGUAGGAAAAGGAAUGUACCAUUUUAGCUAAUCUGCCUUUCAGGAAACCUGGGCGAUAGUGAAAGUGGAAUUGUAGUUUUUGUUAAGGAAUUUCCCAAGUCAUCUUACUCUGCUUGUGCCACCGGCAAUUGGAAAUUCGGCCAUUGGGACAGUAAUCCCAAAUGUAUAUCCAUCCAGUGUACCRAAAGAUGGGAGUCCUCUUUUAUAUUGGUUACUUGAGAUAUGAACAAGUUUCCAACUGAACAAGUUUCCAACUGAACAGUUUGAACAAACAUUGAGAACAUUGCAUGUUUACAGAGGACAUAGAACUAUGAUGUCACAGUGAAUCCUAACAACAGUUUUCAGUGCACAAAUAAGAUGAACUAUCUUAUCAGCUUUUGGGGCAUUCUACAAAUUUGCUUGUAAUUAAACAGUCACAGGUU